GCGUCAGAGAUGUUGGGUAAGCUACACAAAACUCCGAGCUCACCUCCAACUUGUGUGAUUGCCGGUGUGGGAGUGUGAGGAGGAGCGGCGUCUCGUGUCGCGUCGCGCGCCAGUGCAGCCAUUAAAGCCUACUGCUACAACGCACACACACACACACCAUGGAGAUGGAGCACUGAACGCACUGUGCAUUACCACGGAGAUCCAGGACACAAUACAGACAGAAUUUUUCCACUGAAGACUAUUUUUUUGCCGGAUUUUCAACGAGGUGCCGCCAGUUCCACCUUCAAAAUCUCCGCCUUAGUGACCUUGUUGGUUUUGGCUUGCAAAAUGAGCACAAAGCUCCAUGCGGCUCAUGUGGCUUCCAGAGGCAGCGUCUGCUGGUCGUCAUGUCAGGACUGAGAUUGGAGGCAUGGAUGACCUAAUUGGACAUCUAAUCAGGGCCUAGUGGAUUUGGAUAGGAGGCUGAAGAUGUGGCAUGUCAACAAGUGUGAAUACACAUAAAGGAGCUGGACGGCUAUCCUUACCUAUCAAUAUUAAUCUACGGAGGCUUUGUCUGGAUCUGCCUGGGCUCAAAAUCUGAGUGCAGGCUUCAGAAAAUACUAAAGGGCAUCCCAUCUCUACUUUGUGCAGUGUCUGGAGAUGACUACCAAGAGGAAGAUCAUCGGGCGCCUGGUGCCAUGCCGAUGCUUCCGCGGGGAGGAGGAGGUCAUCUCCGUGCUGGAUUACUCACACUGCAGCCUGCAGCAGGUGCCCAAGGAGAUCUUCAGCUUCGAGCGCACUCUGGAGGAGCUCUACCUAGAUGCUAACCAAAUUGAAGAGCUUCCCAAGCAACUCUUUAACUGUCAAGCCCUGCGAAAAUUGAGUAUUCCUGAUAACGACCUUUCAAACCUGCCAACCACCAUCGCUAGCCUUGUAAACCUGAAGGAAUUAGAUAUAAGUAAAAACGGCAUUCAAGAAUUUCCUGACAAUAUCAAGUGCUGUAAAUGUUUAUCAGUUGUAGAGGCCAGUGUAAAUCCCAUAACCAAACUCCCAGAUGGCUUCACUCAGCUCCUCAAUCUGACACAGCUCUUCUUAAAUGAUGCCUUCCUCGAGUACCUACCCGCCAAUUUUGGAAGAUUGUCCAAAUUACGCAUCCUGGAACUUCGAGAGAAUCACUUGAAAACGAUGCCAAAGUCAAUUCACAGGCUGUCACAGCUGGAGCGAUUAGACUUGGGAAGCAAUGAAUUCACUGAGCUGCCAGAAGUUCUGGAGCAGAUUCAUAACCUAAAAGAGCUGUGGCUGGACAACAAUUCAUUACAGACAAUACCAGGGUCUAUAGGGAAACUGCGGCAGUUGCGCUAUCUUGACCUGGCCAAGAACAGGAUCGAGAGUCUUGAUGCAGACAUCUCUGGGUGUGAGUCUCUUGAGGACCUCCUGCUCUCGUCUAACAUGCUGCAGCAGUUGCCUGAUACGAUAGGAAUGUUGAAAAAGUUAACAACAUUAAAAGUUGAUGACAACCAGCUCACCUCACUGCCUAACACCAUCGGAAGUCCACGCGCCAAAUUAGGUUUAUCGCUCUUAGAGGAGUUUGACUGUAGCUGUAAUGAACUGGAGUCUUUGCCCCCGACUAUUGGCUACCUGCACAAUCUCCGGACCUUUGCGGCCGAUGAGAACUUCCUGACGGAGUUGCCCAGAGAGAUUGGAAACUGCAAGAAUGUCACGGUUAUGUCCUUGCGCUCCAAUAAGCUGGAAUUUCUGCCUGAUGAAAUCGGACAGAUGACGAAGCUGCGUGUUCUCAAUCUCAGUGACAAUAGGUUGAAGAAUCUUCCCUACACUUUCACUAAACUGAAAGAUUUGGCUGCACUCUGGCUAUCUGACAAUCAGUCCAAAGCCCUUAUCCCCCUGCAAACAGAGGCUCAUCCUGAGACCAAACAGAGGGUGCUUACAAACUACAUGUUUCCCCAGCAACCACGGCACGAUGAAGAUUACCAGUCAGACAGCGACAGCUUCAACCCCGCUCUCUGGGAGGAACAGAGGCAGCAGAGGAUGACUGUGGCAUUUGACUUUGAGGACAAGAAAGAGGAGGAGGACAACUCUGCAAAAGUCAAGGUUGAGAUUAAUCUGAAACGAUAUCCCACCCCCUACCCAGAGGACCUGAAGAACAUGGUGAAGUCAGUGCAGAACAUGGUGGGGAAAACCACCCACCCUCUUAGCACAGAGAAAUGUUCCUCAGGCACCAACAUGGAGCUCCAUAGCACAGACGCAUACGAGCCCAAGUGGCCCAUUGCACCCAAGGAGGUGACCGAGAGGGAGGUUAAAGAAUUCUCCAAGCCUCCUCUGCCAGAGCAAGGUGUCAUCCUGAACUCGGCAAUCGACAUCCCAAAGCGGAAGGACAAGGAGGAUCUAAAUGAGAGCUCUGAGAUUGCUUUACAUCGCAUCGUUCCCAAGCCGCAACAGCCAGAGAAUACAAGCCUGGCCCUUACUUCCUCUUCCUGUUUCUGCCUCAUAGAUUCCAUGGGAGGUUCACCUAAUGAUAUCCGGAUUUCUGACAUGAGGCCGACUCUGGUGGAACCCCCUAUGUACAAGCCAAAGGUUGUAUUGCUGGGAAAAGAUAAAAAAGAAUCCAUCGAUGACUCAGACCCAGACAAAAUGCACUGCUUGAACAACAGUGGAUCAUCAGCCACCUACUCAGACUACUCCCCCUCGCAGGGCUCUUCUGGGUCCUCCAACCCUCCUGGCAAUGUCAGCUCCAUGCAGAGUGCUGCCAAAGAGGGUCCAUCACAGACCCACUGGACUAACAGACUUGCUCAGUCUUUCCCAAAGCCCAUAGAGACAAAGCCUCUGCUCAGCCACAGAGAGACACCCCCCUCCAGUACCCUGCAGCAGCGGGGUGAGAGACGGCCACUCAGUGACACCUUCGACAGCUGGAAUGAUGCCCCCCACUAUGACAAUACAGGGUUUGUAGCAGAGGAGACGCCAGUUGAGACUCCCAGCGGCAGUAGUGGAAACCCCAUGCUAGGCACAAAGCCUCGUAGUGCCUCAACAGCACAUGGGCGACGGCCUCUCAUGAGACAGGAUCGCAUCAUGGGGGUCCCAUUAGAGCUGGAGCAGACACCACACUCUUUCCGUACAACUCCUGAUGCUGAAGUGCCUCCUCCCCCUCCCCCAAACCCCUGGCAGAACUGGACGAGGACUCCCAGCCCAUUUGAGGACCGUACAGCUUUCCCUUCCAAACUGGAAAUUACCCCAGCAAACAGCCCCAACCCUGACCGCAAAGACUUUGAGCAGGAGAUGGGUGAACUACCUGGCACUUUCCCCUCUUCAGGAGCCUGGGGAUUCCUGGACUCCAGAGACUCAGGGACAGGGCAAGGUCAGCCUGAUGUCUUUGCACAUGUUCAAGGACGUAAUGAACAAAAUAAGGGCAACACCAUGGUCAUAAGCAAGAGCUCUGAGAGACUUUCGCCAAUGAUGAAGGAGGUAAAGUCGAAAUUUAAGAAGUCCCAGAGCAUAGAUGAAAUUGAUAUUGGAUCAUACAAGGUGUACAGUAUUCCCUUGGACAACUACAGCUCUAGCAUAGAGAAUCAGGGUAGCGUGGACAGAGCUGACCUCCCAGGACCUCUCGAACAGAGCAUGUCCAGGAGCCAGUCUGCUCCCAUGCUGGAUGAUGAUCUUGACAGCUUUGGCACGAAUAAAUCUUCUCAGCAGCAGAAACCUGCUAUCCCAAAAAAGGUUUAUCAGUUUGACCAAAGUUUUAACCCUCAAGGGGCCAUGGAUGUGAUGAAAGCAGAACGGAGGGUCCCUCCACCAUUUCCCAAUACCCCUGAAUAUGUGAAUCAACCAGGCAAGACACUGCCAAAGGAGCUUAUUAGCCCUCGAGGCUACCGGGGCUAUCAACCAAUGGAGCAAAUGUUCUCCUUCUCUCAGCCACCUGUCAAUGAUGAUGCAGUUCCUCAACAGUUUCCUGCCCAGCCUCAACGGUCCCGUCCAGGUUUCCUGCGGCGGGCAGAUUCCCUGGUAAGUUCUACAGAGAUGGCACUGUUCCGCAGGGUAGCAGAAGCCCAGGAGCACCAAAUGGCAGAGCAUUACAACAGACCCCAACAGAUUAAAGCCAUGAUGGAUGCACAGAAUAGCUUGUCUACCAUGGCUGAUUCCCAGUUCCAUAAGAGGAAUGGUAGGUAUGAAGAGGAAUACUCAUCUUAUCAAGAACCUAAAAAGCCUAUUAUGGGAUACCCCACAAAGAGUCUGACACAGCGUCGCCCACUGUCUGCACGAAGCUACAGUACAGAGACUUAUGGGGCAUCGCAAGCUCGGCCAGUGUCUGCGCGCCCCACCAUGGCUGCCCUGCUAGAGAAAUUGCCUUCAGAUUAUAAUAUUAGUACAUGCACUGAGAAGAGCCCUGACACUGACAUGAAGAUGAGGCCUGUUCCACAGAAACCAGAGGACAUGACCUCCAAAAUGCCAGUGGACUGGAGACAACAGCUUCUAAGGCACAUAGAGGCAAAACGGCUAGACCGGAGCGCUGUCCUUAAGCACAACACAGUAAACUUCGGCAUGCUGUACUCUGGAGGCUAUGCUGCACCGCAUGCCAGCAGAAGCAUGACAAUAAACUUUUACAAUAACACAAAGCAUGAAAACCAAACAACUCAGUGGCUACCUCUACCAAAUACUCCAUCACAACAGAGCAAUAUUUUAGAUAAUGGUCAAGAGGUGGUCUCUCCCACCACACAGUGGGCCCCCUACUCUUUAGGACGAAGAGAUGUACCUCCUGACAACACCAUCAUCAAAAAGGCCGUGGUCCAUCAUUCUCACCAACAGCAGGGCAUCAUGGGAAGUGGAGCCACGGCACCACACCGAGGACCACAGCAGUAUGAGGGAGCCACGAAUAAGGUGUCCAUCCAGCAGUACCAAUCACCUCUGGCCAUGGCCAUGACAAGCACCAGCCCCCGACCACAGAGCGCCCGCUGCUUCAUCCAGACUAAAGGCCAGAAAAGCAUGGACGGCUUUCCAGAGCAGUUCUGUGUUCGGAUUGAGAAAAACCCAGGCCUCGGUUUCAGUAUCUCAGGGGGAAUCAGUGGGCAGGGGAACCCCUUCAAACCCUCAGACAUGGGUAUCUUUGUUACUAGGGUACAGCCUGAUGGACCCGCCUCCAAUGUUCUUCGACCAGGGGACAAAAUUCUGAAGGCCAACGGACAUAGUUUUUUACACAUCGAACACCAAACGGCAGUGUCUCUUCUGAAGAGUUUCCCGAAAGCUGUGGACUUGGUCAUUUUAAGGGAGAGCACAAUGUAAAUAAUUUUAUAAUGCUGACUUCUUGCUCAAAAGGAACACAGGACCUUGUACAUCAAGUUUUUAUCUAGGAACAAUUUUGCCAAUUGCUGGACCAAUGGCAAAUACUAGUGCCAAAUGUACUAUAGAGAACAUAUCGAAUAAUGUGACAUAUGGCUUACACGUAUAUAUAUCUAUACAUAUAUAUAUGUGUGUGUGUGUUAAAAUCUUACACUAAUGUGAAAUUACUUUCUAUCUCUCAGCCUGUGGCUGUAGGUUGGUGUGUUUUUUCGUUGCUUAUUUAUAUCGCCUAUUAUUUUGUACCUAUUUUUCCAAGCGACUUUUCAUUUCAUUUCAAUCUCAGCGCAUGAAAGCACAUCUGCUUUUGAAGACAUUUUAUUCAUCAUAACACUGCCUCAACUCUGUAAAUGCCUUGUGUAAAUAUACAUAACAUUACAGAAGAUAGUUUAUCCUGCUGACCCUUAACUUCAUUUUAAUCAUUUAAGCAGACAUCUACUACCACUGUAGGUUUGGUUUAUGGAUUAUGUGUGGCUCAUAUAUAGAGUUUUGCACAAAUCAAAUGAAAAAUCCAAAAGCAAUAUUGUUGCUAUUUGGCUUUUCUUGCAGCACCCUCUGCUGGUCAGCAAACAGCUUCUUAAUAAUAAUAAUAAUAAUAAUAAUAAUAAUAAUAAUAAUAGUGAGCGAGACCUUUGCUUUAGGUUCAUACAGGGUGAAACCCCCUAUUUCAUUUUUCGCCAUGUUGUCAACAUGAGCAUUUUCCUAGUUUAAUUAUGAUUCAUAUUAUUUUUAAAUCCAUAUGUACUCAGUAUCCACCAGGUACAAAAAUGUCAAAGUCAGUUUUUAGUGUGUACAUUUAAGUUGUACAAAGGGUUUUACACCCAAGGCUUAGUUGAUGUUCUGCUUUAAGGCCUGUUAAUCACUUACUGAUAUAAAUAAAUUAAUUCACAUCAUUAUGUGAUAGAUUUCCAUAAGAAGCUUUAAUGUUUAUAGCAUGCUUUCACUUUUUAAAGCUGUCUUAUUAGGAAAGCGGUGAGGGGGCUUUGUGUUUUUUAAAUUAAACAUUUAGUUGCUUUACUUCACUAGAAGUAUUUUUUAUGUAAAAACAUUGAAGGCUCAUCAUCAUUGUACUUUACAGAUAGAUCUGCCCUGCCCAUGUCCAAUAUUGUACAUAAAUGUAGCAUUAGAAAAACCCCAAUCAUAUUUUACUUCUUUUUUUUUACAUUUCAAUUUUAUUUGAAAUAUAAUUAUACAACCUGAAGUCUGGAUAAAAACUGAUAAAAUGCUAUUGGGACAAAGCAUUUGAUAAUGUGAUUAUUUUUACCAAAUGUUUUGAGUAAUUAUUUAUAAUAUAUUGACAUACUUAGCUUUGCUCAAAUUGUGAGUUUUUUUUUUUU